UUGUUUCAAGAUGUCUACUGUCCAUGAAAUUUUAAGCAAGCUCAGCCUUGAAGGAGAUCAUUCUCUCCCACCAAGUGCCUAUGCCACAGUUAAGGCCUACUCAAAUUUUGAUGCUGACCGGGAUGCUGCAGCCUUGGAAACAGCCAUCAAGACCAAAGGUGUGGAUGAGGUCACCAUCAUCAACAUCCUGACAAACCGCAGCAAUGAGCAGAGGCAGGAUAUUGCUUUUGCCUAUCAGAGGAGAACCAAAAAGGAGCUGUCUGCAGCGCUCAAGUCUGCUCUGUCAGGUCAUCUGGAGGCAGUGAUCUUGGGCUUGCUGAAGACACCAGCUCAGUAUGAUGCCUCUGAAUUGAAAGCUUCCAUGAAGGGCCUGGGAACUGAUGAAGACACACUCAUUGAAAUCAUCUGCUCAAGAACAAAUCAGGAGCUUAGUGAAAUUAUCAGAGUCUACAGGGAAAUGUACAAGACAGAACUGGAAAAGGACAUUAUAUCAGACACAUCUGGUGACUUCCGCAAGCUAAUGGUUGCCCUGGCCAAGGGCAAAAGGUGUGAAGAUAACUCUGUCAUUGAUUAUGAACUGAUUGACCAGGAUGCUAGGGAGCUCUAUGAUGCUGGUGUGAAAAGAAAGGGAACUGAUGUCCCCAAGUGGAUCAACAUUAUGACUGAAAGAAGUGUCCCCCACCUGCAGAAAGUGUUUGAGAGGUACAAGAGCUACAGCCCAUAUGAUAUGUUGGAGAGCAUCAAGAAGGAGGUUAAGGGAGACUUGGAGAAUGCCUUCCUUAAUCUUGUGCAGUGCAUUCAGAACAAGCAGCUGUACUUUGCGGACAGACUGUAUGAUUCCAUGAAGGGCAAGGGAACCCGUGACAAGGUUCUGAUCAGGAUUAUGGUCUCCCGCUGCGAGGUUGACAUGCUGAAAAUUAAGAGUGAAUUCAAGAGGAAAUAUGGAAAAUCUCUCUAUUAUUUCAUCCAGCAAGACACAAAAGGGGAUUACCAGAGGGCACUGCUGAACCUGUGUGGUGGAGAGGACUGAAAACUGUGAUGGAAGAAGCCUAAUUCCAGAGACAUGCCUUUUUUUGGU